AUGGAAUCUAACAUGCAAAGUCAAAUGGGUCAGAUACAAGCAUUGCAAAAUCAAAUGAGUCAGAUGGCAGUAGCAAUCAACCACCUGAAAUCCCAAGUUCACGAAAAAUUGCUGUUUCAACCUGAACAGAACCCGAAGAACGUAAGUGCAAUGACCUUAAGGAGUGGGAAAGAAAUUCAGGGACCUGAAUCCGUGACUUCAAAGGACAAGGAUGAAGAGAAGAUUGAGAAAGAACUUGAGGCAGAAAACAUAAGUAGCAAAAAUCCAGUAGUAUUCCCUAACCCGAUCAUUGAAGUUAAAACUAAUCUGCCUCUCUUUCCUAACAAGUUGGAGAAACCGAAAAAGCAGGACAAGGAGAAAGAGAUCAUGGAGGUAUUUCACAAGGUAGAGAUCAAUAUUCACCUGCUAAACGCAAUCAAACAAGUGCCAAAGUAUGCGAAAUUUUUGAAGGAUUUGUGCGUCAAUCGAAGAAGGCUGAGGGGAGACGAAAGAGUUAUUAUAGGGGAGAACGUGUCAGUGGUUCUACAGAGGAAACUCCCACCAAAGUGCGGGGAUCCAAAUAUGUUUACUAUCCCCUGUAGCAUAGGUAAUACUUUGAUUAGAAAUGUCAUGCUGGACUUCGGAGCAUCGAUCAAUGUAAUGCCAAAAUCUAUCUAUGCUUCUUUGAACUUAGGUUCUUUAAAAGAAAUUGGGAUAAUAAUUCAAUUAGCUGACCGAAUAAAUGCAUACCCUGAUGGGUUGGUGGAGGAUGUGUUGGUUAAAAUUAAUGAAUUGGUAUUUUCAGCUGAUUUUUAUGUACUUGACAUGGAUGAUGAUCAUUCCUUUGAUCCCUCACAUUUGUUAUUAGGUAGACCCUUCUUGAGUACAGUGCAAACUAAAAUCGAUGUUAACAAGGGUACCUUGUCUACGGAAUUUGAUGAAAAAAUUGUUUAUUUUAAUAUCUUUGAAACUAUGAAAUACUUCUCGAACUCUAAUUUUAGCUCCAUUUUUUCUAUGAAUGCUAUUGACCCUGCGGUGCAAGAAGUGUUUGAAAUUGUUGGCAGGGAAAAAUUAGAGGUUGCUUUAACCAAGCACCUAGAGUUGGAAACAACUCUUGAGGUAGAGUUGAGUGAAGAGUUGAAGUGUAUGAUUGGGGCGUUGCAAUCGCUACUGAUCACGACGACGAGGUAUGAACUUGCAUCUAUUUUCAUAUCUGAACCUCACCAAAGGGUGUUACCGUCUGUGGUGCAGGCACCUGAGUUAGAAUUGAAGCCUCUGCCGAAACAUUUGAAAUAUGUAUAUUUGGACGAGAAAGAAACACUCCCGGUGAUUAUCUCAACAGGAUUGUCGGAGAUACAAGAGGACAAGUUAAUCCGAAUUCUUAGAAAGCAUUAG